AUGCUCCUAUCAAGGAAUAGUAAGGUUCCUCCUAGGCAACAUGUUCCUUUCUCCUCGCAGGGAACACCUUCCUCAUCGCUCUUGGCAGCUAUCGAACAUUACCCGAAGACCUUGGGUUAUUGCGUAGCACUGGCGUUUGGUAUCCUUCUCUAUGGAUUUGUUUUAGUCAUCGUGGGAAAUGUUUCCGCCAUGUCAGAGUUCCACCUAUGGGACGUAGCUAGCCCACUUGGCGGUCUCUUUGACGCUAUAGCCGCAGGACAGUUACAAGAUCGUGCCGGACGUCGCUGUUGCUUAGCCUUUGCGGCUAUACUGUCUGCAGCUGCAGUCGCAGUCGCAUAUGUAUCGAACAUGCCAAAUGACAUAGACGCCCGCCGAGCACUCUUUCUAUUCGCAAAGCUUGUGCAAGGGUCUCGCUCCCAAACAUACAUGUCUGAGAUCUUGCCUCCCGUACUGCGAGGCCCGAUGCUGGCCUUCUUUCCGAUCUUCAUGCUCCUGGGUCAAUUGAUGGGUAGUUUAGUGGUGUACAAGUCUCUAGAUAUUGCCGGAAGCAUGGGAUCUAAUAAUUGCUUCGUCUCACAGUGGCCGUUCUCUGCAUUACCUCUGCUAGUCGCAUCGCUAAAACGUUUCGAGCGACUACGGUCGUUCAUUGAAAAAGAGGAUCGAGACGGGGCAAGUAAGGCGAUUGGGUACCGUGACUGCUUCAGAGGCGUCGACCGGCGGCGUACCAUGAUCGUCAUGUUUGCGAACCUCAUCCCUUCCAUUUUCGGCCUACCCUUGUUAUCUAAGACCAAAUAUUUUCUGCAGUUAAUCGGCAUGAAGCACCACAGGAGCUUUCUGUUUUUACAAACUGGCAUUGUAUUGAGGCUGGCAGCUAACCUCAUCAGCAUGCAAACCUUGCUUGAAUUUGGCCGUGUGCCUCUGAUUAUUGUCAGCUUAAGCGUCUCGACCCUCGCCUGGAUGGGAAUGGGGAUUGCCGACUGCUUCCCGGGAAUAUUUCAGCGCCAAUGGUCGUUCAGGUACACGGGAAACACACUAGUCACGGUAAUCACGGCCUGCGGUAUUGGUGCAUGGCCAGCAUCCUACGCUGUUGGUGGAGAAUCAUCGUCUCUGCGGCUUCGGGCCAAGUCCCAAGGUUUGGGCUGGUUCGUUUCCGGACUCUCCAGCGUCGUUUUCAACCUCAUCUUACCGUACAUCUUUAGCCCUGAUCAGGGGGCCCUACGCGAUAAGACCGGUUUUGUAUGUGCGGGCUUCUCGGCCAUUGCCCUCGUGGAAGUGUGGCUUUACAAGCCAGAGAUGAAAGAUCGGACGCCCAGCAAGAUUGACGAUAUGUUUGAAGCAGUCAUACCUGCACGGCAGUUCAGAAAGUGGUCCCCACUGAUUGCUGAUCCACUUUCUUCGGAUCGUUCCCCACAAGCAUGA